AUGCCACUGCUCUUCAGCUGCCUCGCGCCGUCUGGCUACGUCGACACUCUCCCGCGAGGCGCCGCGCCGCCCUCGCAGUCGCGUCCACCUUACUCGAUCGACGAAGCGCUCCUCCCGCCCUUGCAAGCUUCGCGACGAGGCAAGGGCAGCGCGAACAGGACGAGGAUGUCGAUAAGCAGUCCGACUGAGUUUAGGCAUGUCGCGCAUAUGGGCGUCGACGAGGCUUUCGAGGCGAGCGCAGGGCAAGGCUUGCAUGGGCGGGCGCGGGAUCCGCAGGCUGACUUUGCGCCGCUUCCUCCCUCGUUUGCGUCGCCCAAUUCUGCUCCCAAGCGGCCUGGCAGGCUCUCAGCACCCACACAUCUGUCACCAGCUGACCUCGCAUCAGAACGCGCCCUGGUUGACGCAAGCAACCGCGUUCUUUCCGCCCCAUCCUCUCCCUCCCGCCCAACUUCCGCUCGACCAGUCCGCUCGCCUACUCGUCCGGCUCGUCCUACUUCCCUCCCAGCCUCUCCCGCCAACCUCGCAAUCAAGCGCAAACCGCCGCCGCCCGUCACGCCGUCCGUCAUUCGGGAAGUCAACAAUCCGCAAGUCGCCCGGCCUGCGCCUGCAGUAGCGAUUACUGCCCCCGCGUCGUCCAGCUUGCUCGCUCUACAGAAUCUCUUCUCGCCUUCGGAAUUGCGGACGGUCCAGGCGGCCGUCACCCAGACCAGCGAUGAGGACGACGAGGCGAAGGAGGAAGAGCCGACGUACGAGACGAACACGACGAAGGCGUUCAAGGGCGCGCUGAAGGACAUCGAGGAGGCGCUGAAGAGGGAGGCAGAGCGAGACGCUUGA